AUGGAAAAUUAUGCGUCUAGUCUGGAGGAUGAAGUCGAGGAAAGAACAAAAGAGCUGGUGGAAGAAAAGAAGAAAAGCGAUCUGCUGCUCUACAGAAUGCUUCCACAGCAAGUGGCUGAUCACCUCAAACUCGGACAGGCGGUAGAACCGGAAAUGUAUGAGUCGGCAACAGUCUUCUUUUCGGAUGUUGUUUCUUUCACAACUAUCGCUGCAAAAGGUUCACCACUACAGGUUGUAAACCUCCUCAAUCUUGUCUACACGACAUUUGACAGUAUAAUAGACGAUCACGAUGUCUACAAGGUUGAAACAAUUGGCGAUGCGUACCUAUGUGUCAGUGGCGUGCCUCGUCGGAAUGGACGAAAUCACAUCAAGGAAAUUUGCAGUAUGUCACUGGGCUUCAUGAAAGCUCUGACCGAUUUUCGUAUACCUUACCUACCGGAAGAACGACUUAAUCUGAGGAUAGGAGUACAUACAGGUUCGGUGGUUGCCGGCGUGGUCGGUCACGCAAUGCCUCGAUACUGCUUGUUUGGAGACACCGUGAACACCGCCAGUCGAAUGGAAACCAAUGGAAAACGUAAAGGUUGCACGUUCACAUUAAUCUCAUCUCCAUUCCCGCGCCAGAAAAAAAGUGGCUGCAAUGAAUGCCGCUUGCCUUCACCGUGUGACAGUGCACCGCUCCUGAACAACCUAAUCAGCAAA